AUGGAUCGUGGAUACUUUGUUCUACUGAGCUACCUUCAUAAACCGACGACAUCCCUUUCGUUGGCAACUGUACAGGCAUCUAUAGCUCACUAUCUUGCAAACUCGCCUCAAGUUCCGACAUCUCUAGCAGGUUCAAUUGUUAGUAGUGUUCUCUUUCAGCCGUUCUCAUAUGCAAAGCUUGAGCUUCUGUAUACUGCGUUCCGCCAAGCGGUGCAUCUUAAAGUGAAGUUGCUGCAGAAGGAGAAAGGCGGCAUUUUCUCACCCAGCCCAAACCAAAUCCUUUUGCAAUGGACCAGGAAUGUACUUGACGGUCUUCGCGGAGGUCACUCAACUCUCAAGCUAGUUUGUGCGGGCGGACUCUUAUUCGGUCUCAAUGACCUGGAGGAUCAUCUUCGUGUCCGUGAAGGACGAUUGCGUAGAGAAGUCGAGGAAGAGGCUGUGUUGUCCUUAGCAGAGGUGCUUGACACCUACUCGUACGUGCAGUUUCCCGCGGACUGGGCGAAAGAUUUCAAAUCUGAGUCGGAAGACGGCGAAGAGCCCCUUGCGCUCUCUCUUCUCAUGUCAUCCCGGUUUAUGCCGUUAGUAUCGCCUUAUAGACUUCAGACUCUCCCAUUACCAAUACUGUCGUCUUCGCUGAUUUCUACUAUUGAGUCCGCGUUUCAAGGCGGUAGAUACAUGUCCACCAUGAAGGCUUCGCUGACGCAGGAUAGCCAAGGCCAAAUCCACUUUGCCGCAACGUCACCGUUCUCUGGCAAUGUCCAAUUACUCAUCAACUCCAGUUUUAUUUCAUCCAUGAGUAGCUUAGCCAAAUUCAUGGCAACAGUGCUUUCUGUGUUGUGUGACUCUCGCCCUUCACAGGGUUGGCAGCAGAUGGCAUAUACCAUGUCCAAGUUGGAUCAGCUUUCGCAGGAAACAGAAAGGGAAUGGACGUCAAGUCCAUUAUCUGCUGCUCGAGGAGAGGAGGACAUAGCCCCGGGCUCGCGUGAUGUAACUAAGCAAUUAUGGACGAUCCUGAAGACUCAAUUAUUCGCCACAUUGAUGCUUUCUCAGUCAGUUCUAUCGACGAUUGUCUUUAUUCCUUCGCCAUCCACGUCAUCGAGUUCUACGUCCUCUCAUUCAUCGAGUAUAUCUUCAUUUUCGCUCGCCGCAGCAAUUCUUCGUACACUCUCACGAUUAUCGUUUGUCAUCCACCAGUUUGGUGGAGUCACAUCCACAUCUGAAGGUGGAUUUGCGGAAUUGAAGCGAGUCUUUUACAUGGCCCUCGAUGUGCUGUCUGCGAGCGCGUCUGAAAGUGAACAAUUUGUGUCAGAACUAUGCUCUGCAAUGUCCAGCGAUGGCAACCAUCUUUUUGAUGCAGCUAAUCGUGAGGCAUACGAAUCUGCGCACUCAGUGAUGCUCGCUAUAUUCGCCUCAUACGCGCAGAAGCUGGACGACUCUGAGAAACGUCCCCCUGCCGCUGACGGAACCUCCCGUACAUUCAUGGAGGAGAUAGUGCCAUUCUACGCCAGCUGUCUGAUAGAUAAUUCGGGCGAAGGCAAGCUGAGCACACAGCAGCUAUGUCUCGCCUAUGCAGCGCUCGUCAGGAGUGCCACUGCUUACGGCAAUGGCCAACCCGCGCAUUCCCGCGGACGCAUAGACGGAGACGUGUUGGCAUGGUUCUGUAUCGAAACCUUGCUGGCCCCCAUUCACCGUACCGGCGGUGCUCCAGAAGUUCCUGUCCUGGACGGGGCACACUUGCAUCGACUCCGACUCACGCUGAUCGCGACAGUGCCCUCUCUCUCCCUGGCGACUCUUCCGCGGCUCCUGGAUGUUUGCAAAACAAUCAUCACUUGCAAUUUAUCAAGUCCGGAUUCUCUUCCGCAUAUUUUGACUUCUCAGCGAACGGAACUUGUUCGUGCGCUUUUCAAGGAGAUUUCCGAGAACGUAGGCGACGCGGAGAAAGAGUACUGCUUGCGUUGGUGGUACAAGCAUCGACUCGGGUUGAUGUCGGAGUUGCAGGAGCGUAGUAGCGAGACAACGGUCACUGAGGAAGAUCUUGCAAUGUCUAGACUGUAA